CGGAGAUUUGGGUCUGGCAGGCAGAGUAGAUGGCGUCUCCCUUGAGCCUCUGGCCUAGGCCACAUUCUUCAGCUGUUUAUCAGACUGCCCUGCAUUGAGGAUUCAGGGCCAAGACCAGCCAAUCAAAAUGAUGAGGUGGAGUUCGUCCGAACUGGCUAUGGGAAGGAUAUGGUAAGAGUUCUUCAUAUUCAGCGAGAUGGAAAAUACCACAACAUUAAAGAGGUGGCAACUUCAGUGCAACUUACUCUGAGCUCCAAAAAAGAUUACAUGCAUGGAGAUAAUUCAGACAUCAUCCCCACAGACACCAUCAAGAACACAGUUCAUGUCUUGGCAAAGUUUAAAGGGAUCAAAAGCAUAGAAACUUUUGCAAUGAACAUCUGUGAGCAUUUUCUUUCUUCUUUUAACCAUGUCAUCCGAACUCAAGUCUAUGUGGAAGAAGUCCCUUGGAAGCGUUUUGAAAAGAAUGGAGUUAAGCAUGUCCAUGCAUUUAUUCACACUCCCACUGGAACGCACUUCUGUGAGGUUGAACAGAUGAGGGGUGGACCUCCAGUCAUUCAUUCUGGAAUCAAAGACCUCAAGGUCUUGAAAACGACCCAGUCUGGAUUUGAAGGAUUCAUCAAGGACCAGUUCACCACCCUCCCUGAGGUGAAGGACCGGUGUUUUGCCACCCAAGUAUACUGCAAAUGGCGCUAUCACCGUUGCAGAGACAUGGAUUUUGAUGCUAUUUGUGAUACUGUUCGGGACAUUGUCCUGGAGAAAUUUGCUGGACCCUGUGACAAAGGAGAGUACUCACCCUCUGUCCAGAAGACCCUCUAUGACAUCCAGGUGCACUCUUUGAGCCGAGUUCCUGAGAUAGAAGACAUGGAAAUCAGCCUGCCCAACAUGCACUACUUUAACAUAGACAUGUCCAAAAUGGGACUGAUCAACAAGGAAGAGGUCUUGCUACCAUUGGACAAUCCAUAUGGCAAAAUUACUGGGACAGUCAAGAGGAAACUGGCUUCGAAGCUGUGACAUUGUAGCCACCACCACGGGAAGUCUACUCUCAACUGAGGAAUUCCUUCAGCCUCUUGUGAUGCUGGAAAUCAUAGCAUGUAGCCAUGCAAAUGUUCAAACUAGAGUGUCGAUUUAUAGUGUUAAUUUUCCUCCUGUAGGAAAGAAUUGUUCUACUACUAGCUCAGUGAAAUGUUUUGUGAUUAGUAAUUAUAACAUGCGUGGUGGAUACAGUUUACUUCACAAAUGCUAAGCAGUAUGAGAAGAGUCAUAAGUCAAUAUUUCCUUUUAGUUGUCUUGUGCCUUCCUAUCUUAGAGAAGUUUUAGAAUCAAUGUAUUAAGAAAAUAAUCAUGAAUUAAUGGAUGUGCCCUAUCAAUUAGUUUGUGCACAAAUUUAAGAGUAAGCACUGUUUUCAACCUACUGAUGCUAAAACUUUGCUCUGGGCAAUGCAGAAAAUGUAAUGACAAAAUCAUAUUUUGAAAACUAUCACCAUUGUGACUUCAGUUAGACUGAAUAUUUGAAUUUCUAAGAAUGCUCUAGUAUAUGAAUCACUGGGAGCUUAUUUCUAUUCUAAAUGUACUUUUGCAAUCUUAAUGUAUUGGUUUUAUGACUUUUACAACUCUUAGAGAAUAUUUAGUAGACACUGAAAAAAAUAUAACUUGUUUUUCUUUGAAUAAUGCAUCACUUUGGCCCAAAAAGAGCACAUUUAAUAAAUGCUAAGUCAAUACACCAAUCAGUGAAUAUCCAUAGAGAAAGAAGACGAGAGACUCUCUCUAUAAAAAUAUCAGUGAUGGGGCGCCUGGGUGGCUCAGUUGGUUGAGUUGCCAAUUAUUGGUUUCAGCUCCGGUCAUGGUCUUAGGGUCCUGGGAUCGAGUCCUGCAUCGGGCUCCAUGCUCGGGGAGUCUGCUUCAGUAUUCUCUCUCUCCCUCUGCCCCUCCCCUUGUUCACUUGUGCAAGAGGGCUCUCUCUCUCUCUCUCUCAAAUAAAUAUAUACAUCUUUAAAAAAAUAUCAGUGAUGAUGAUUUCUAGA